AUGGAUAAUAAAAUAUGGUUAAUAUUUACUUCAGAUGACCCAUUCCUGGUGGAGGAAAUGGAUCCUUCCAAGUGCAAGGCACUGGAGAGCUCCCUCUUGGAACUAGAGACCUUGAAGUUACACUACGUCCCUAAUGUGGCCACAUCAGCUGGAAGUAUUUCAAGACCAUUCCCUAAGGUGGAAUGGGACUUAACUGAAUUUUAUGAAAGUUCGUAUGAUGAGAUGUUUUUCACUGAAAUUAAGAAGAAAGUGCGACAUGUUGCGCUCGAGUUUGAGCCACCGUCUGGCUUGUUUGCAGGCAAAAUUGAUAAAUUCCACACGUACUGGCUUAUUGAGUGA